AUGUCGAGAAUACUGAAUCAUCGUAUGAGAUCAUCUCUGAAAAAGCCUUCCUUCACAGUCGUAGACAAAAGGGCUGUAGCCUUUUCAAUAUACACUGGCCGUAGUUUACUUCUUCAUAAACCAAUUGAUCCUAAUCAUAUACCGAGAAGAAAGUAUGGCAUGCUGGUAGCUCGUGCCGUGCGGGGGAUGCUUAAAAUAAGAUAUUUAGUGCUCGGAGGUGCUGUUGGAGGCGGCAUGACUUUGAAUAAGAAAUAUGCCGAAUGGAAAGACGGUUUGCCAGACAUGGGAUGGUUGAAUGAUUUGCUCCCCGACAACGAACAGUGGGACAAAUUUACUACUACCCUCAUCAAUGCCAAAGAUAUGAUCGGAGAUCAAUUACAAAUAGAUCCGCGCCUGCGCGAGGCGGGGCUGGCGCGCGCCGCCGAACUGCGCGGCUGGCUGGCGCAGCGCUACGAGGACGCGGUCGCCGCUGCCGCCGUCAACAGCCAGACCAGCGCCAUCGAACCAGCGCCAACAAUCGUCAAUAAUUUACAAAGUAAACCAGCCCCUACAACAUCAACGGGUCAAGCUCAAGUUGCGUUUGAGGAAAAAGCGGCAUACGAGAAGAGAGUUCAUGCGUUACAACAAGAAGUGCUGUCACUUCAAGCUCGCUAUCAAAGAGAGUUGCAACGUCUGGAACAGGAGAAUAGAGAACUAAGACAGCAAAAUAUGUUGCUAAGGCAGGGAAGGCAACCACCGACCAGAAAAAUGAAGCGUUCCCUCAUCGACAUGUAUUCAGCUGUACUGGAUGAAUUAGCUGGCUGGGAGGCUGGGGAGGCAGGUCGCUUACCCCGGGUAGUAGUUGUGGGUGAUCAAUCUGCAGGAAAAACAUCCGUGUUAGAAAUGAUCGCACAGGCCAGGAUCUUCCCUCGAGGAGCUGGUGAAAUGUGUACAAGAGCACCAGUAAAAGUGACUUUGUCGGAAGGCCCCUACCAUGUCGCGCAGUUCAAUGAUUCGUCCCGUGAAUUUGAUCUCAACAAGGAAUCGGAUCUCGCAGAUCUUCGCAAGGAAGUAGAGAUGCGCAUGCGCACCAGUGUGCGCGGGGGAAGAACCGUCUCCACGGACGUGAUCGCCAUGUCGGUGCGCGGGCCCGGCCUGCCGCGCAUGGUGCUCGUGGACCUGCCGGGCGUCAUCUCCACCCAAACAGUGGACAUGGCUGCAGACACUAGAGAAGCUAUCAAGCAAAUGACCAAGCAGUACAUGGACAACCCCAACGCUAUAAUACUUUGUAUACAGGACGGCUCAGUGGACGCUGAACGAAGCAAUGUUACAGAUUUAGUGGCAUCAUGUGACCCGCAAGGGAAAAGGACCAUAUUUGUUCUUACUAAAGUUGAUCUCGCUGAGGAAAAUCUGGCCAAUCCUAAUCGGAUACGUCGCAUCUUGGAAGGUAAACUGUUUCCAAUGAAGGCACUCGGGUACUACGCAGUAGUUACUGGACGAAGCCGAAAAGAUGACUCAAUACAAAGCAUUCGAGAAUACGAAGAGAGAUUUUUCAGUUCAUCCAAACUUUUCAAGGCGGGAAUGGUUGCGGCAGCGCAAGUAACGACACGCAACCUGGCGAUGGGAGUGGCCGAUUGUUUCUGGAGAAUGGUCCGGGACUCUGUGGAACAGCAGGCAGAUGCCUUCAAGGCCAUGAGAUUCAAUCUGGAGACCGAGUGGAAGAACACUUUCCCGAGGCAGCGCGAGCUGGACCGCGACGAGCUGUUCGAGCGCGCGCGCGCCGAGCUGCUGGACCAGUCGGCCGAGCUGUCGGCCGUGCCCGCCGCCGACUGGGAGCGGCGCCUGGCCGCCGCGCUGUGGGCCGCCGCCGCCGAGCGCGUGUUCGCCGGCAUCUACCUGCCGGCCGCCGCGCACGCCGCGCUCGACGUGGACAAAUUCAACACAUCGGUGGACAUCAAACUCCGCGAGUGGGCGGAGGGGGAGCUGGCCGCCUCGGCGGUGGAGGCGGGCCGCCGGGCGCUGCGGGACGAGUUCGAGGCGCUGCUGGCGCGGGCGGGCGACUCCGACCCCGUGUACGAGCCCGUCAAGCGCGCCGCCGUGGACGAGGCGCUGGCGCGGCACCACUGGGAGGAGCGCGCGCUCGACGUGCUGCGCGUGCUGCAGCUGACGGCGCUGCAGGACGGCUGCGUGCGCUCGCGCGCGGACUGGGACGCGGCCGUGGAGCUCAUGGACGGCGCGCUGCGGGAGCGCCUGCAGGCCGCCGAGCGACAGCUGCGGGAGCUCACGGGGCCGGGUCUAAGCGAGCGCUGGCUCCGCUGGCGCAGUCCCAGUGAGGAUCAAUCCAGGCGGGCGCAGGUUCGAGCCGAGCUCGAGCAGCUGGGCACCAGCCGACCCAGCUUAACCUACGAUGAGGUGGUGGCGGUCAGAGACAACUUGAGACGGCGAGGUAUCGAAGUCGACAACGAGUACAUUCGAGAGACAUGGAAACCCGUCUACCUUAGAAACUUCUUACUGAGCGCUCAGGCUCGCGCCAGGGAUUGUAAGAAGAGCUUCUAUCUGUACAGUCAACAGAACGGAGCUGAGAAGGAGUGCAGCGAGGUGGUGAUGUUCUGGCGCGUGCACGGAGCGCUGCGGGCGUCCGCGAACGCGCUGCGGCAGCAGAUCUGCAACCGGGAGGCGGCGCGCCUGGACCGCGAGCUGCGGGAGGUGCUCGACGAGAUGGCAGCAGAUCCAGAUCUAAAGAAGAAACUUCUAUCCGGAAGACGCGUAGAGCUUGCAGAAGAAUUAAAACGCGUAAGACAAGUUCAAGAGAAGUUAGAAGAGUUUAUAGAAGCCCUCAACAAGGAGAAGUAGUGUAAAUGUAUAUUGUAGGUGUUUGUUCGCUCGCUACGAUGUAUUAUUGUUGAUAAUUAUGUCUAAGUUAUAUUUAUAAUAAAACAUGCACAAAA